GGUACCACUCGUCUACCUGCAUUCUCAAUGGAUGGUGACUACGUUAUUGGUGGUGUUUUCUCCAUACACUACGACAUGCACACAGUGAAGCACAACUACACUACCAUGCCUGAGCCAUUAAGGUGCACAGGGAGCAUUGACUCCCGUGAACUACGCUUCUCACGUGCAAUGGUCUUCGCCAUCGAGGAGAUUAACAACAGCACCGAGCUGCUGCCGGGCAUUAAGCUCGGUUAUCAGAUCUACGACUCGUGCGCCUCGGUGCCUGUGGCGGUGCACGUGGCAUUCCAGCUUUCGAGCGGCCUGGACCCGGUGUUUUACCCCGGCGACAACUGCUCGCAAUCUGGUAUGGUGAUGGCUAUCGUUGGUGAGUCUGGGUCCACGCCAUCCAUAAGCAUGUUGCGCAUCAUCGGGCCCUUUAACAUCCCUCAAGUGAGCCACUUUGCCACUUGUGCAUGCCUGUCCGAUAAGCAGCAGUACCCGAGUUUCUUCAGAACAAUCCCCAGUGACCAGUUCCAGGCUGACGCGUUGGCCAAGCUGGUAAAACACUUUGGCUGGACUUGGAUAGGUGCUGUCCGGUCGGAUUCGGACUAUGGCAACAAUGGCAUGGCUUCUUUCCUGGACGCAGCACACAAAGAAGGGAUCUGUGUGGAGUACUCUGAAUCUUUCUAUCGGACCCACCCACGUAACAAGAUCCAGAGGGUAGCUGACGUUAUCCGCAGGUCAACUGCUACGGUCGUUGUGGCGUUUACAUCACCUGGAGACAUGAGGAUUCUGCUGGAGGAGCUGUCACUCGAGCCUUCUCCACCUCGUCAGUGGAUAGGCAGUGAGGCCUGGGUAACCGACCCAGACAUGUUGAGGUUCAGCUUCUGUGCUGGAGCCAUCGGAUUUGGCAUUGAGCAAUCUGUCAUCCCAGGUCUGAGAGACUUCCUGCUGGAUCUCUCUCCCCCUAAAGUGGCUGCCUCUCUGGUGUUUACUGAGUUCUGGGAGGAUGCAUUCAACUGCAGGCUGGGAACAAGCACUGCCACAGACAAGAGUGUGUGUGAUGGAACUGAAGACAUAGAGACGAUCCAGAGCCCGUACACAGACACAUCUCAGCUCAGAAUCACUAACAUGGUGUACAAGGCUGUGUAUGCAAUAGCACAUGCCAUUCAUAAUGCAGUGUGUCAGGAAACAAAUUCUAUAACUCAGUGUGACAAAUUCGCCAGGAUAGAGUCGAAAAAGGUUCUUACUCAGUUGAAGAAAGUACAUUUUUCCCAAAAUGGUUAUAAUGUGUCAUUUGAUGCCAAAGGAGAUCCUGUGGCCACAUACGAGCUGAUUAACUGGCAAAAAAGUCAGAGUGGCAGCAUUGAGUUGGUGACAGUAGGGCACUACGAUGCAUCACUGCCGGUGGGCCAGGAGUUCCGUAUCAACAGGAACCUCACCUGGGUGGAGGGUGGCACACAAGUGCCUGUGUCAGUGUGCACUGACAGCUGUCCUCCAGGAACUCGUAAAGUGCUGCAGAAAGGAAAACCCAUCUGCUGUUAUGACUGUAUACUGUGUCCUGAAGGAGAUAUUAGCAAUGCUACAGAUUCCCCUGAUUGUUUCCCUUGCCCCAAGGAGUUCUGGCCUAAUGCAGAGAGAGACACAUGUCUCCCCAAGCCUGUAGAGUUUCUUUCCUUCAACGAGGUCCUUGGAAUCAUCUUGGCUGCAUUCUCAGUCGGAGGCGCCUGUCUUGCCAUUAUAACAGCGGCUGUGUUUUAUCAUCACAGGACAUCCCCGAUUGUCAGGGCCAACAACUCUGAGCUGAGCUUCCUGCUGCUUUUCUCACUGACUCUAUGUUUCUUAUGUUCAUUAACUUUCAUUGGAGCACCCUCUGAGUGGUCCUGCAUGCUGCGCCACACAGCGUUCGGGAUCACCUUUGUCCUCUGUAUGUCUUGUGUUCUCGGAAAAACAAUAGUAGUGUUAAUGGCCUUCAAAGCUACACUAGGUAGUAAUGUCAUGAAAUGGUUUGGUCCUCCGCAGCAAAGAAUGACUGUAGUGUCUUUCACGUUCAUUCAAGUUUUAAUAUGUACUAUUUGGUUGGUUCUUAGUCCCCCUUUUCCAAUGAAAAACCUAACCACAUACAAGGAGAGAAUCAUCCUGGAGUGUGCAUUAGGCUCAGCUAUUGGGUUCUGGGCUGUGCUAGGGUACAUUGGCCUACUGGCUGUCUUUUGCUUUGUGUUAGCUGUCCUAGCCCGGAAACUACCUGACAAUUUUAAUGAAGCCAAGCUGAUCACCUUCAGCAUGCUGAUAUUCUGUGCAGUCUGGAUCACCUUUAUCCCAGCGUAUAUCAGCUCUCCAGGGAAAUUCACUGUGGCUGUGGAGAUAUUUGCCAUUCUGGCCUCCAGUUUUGGUCUAAUACUGUGUAUAUUUGCUCCAAAGUGUUUCAUCAUUUUGUUUAAGCCAGAGAAGAACACCAAGAAACAUUUAAUGAACAAAAAUCAAUUCUAAAACAUGUGACAUUUGUGAAAAAAUGAGAGUAUGAAGCUUGUUGAUUUAAAUACUUACAUUUAAAGUUACAUAUUUCUUAAUUUAUUAUUAUUUAGUCAUUAUGCCAUUUUGUGUAUGUCCUUUUAAUGUGUUAUUGUCUUAUUUUACACAUAUUAUUUUAUCAUGAGAUGAUAAAUGGAGUCAAAAUUCACAGUAUAAAUGCAUCUUUCUCUUUCAAAAAAUGUUUACUAUCAAUAAUAUUCCUAAAAAAAAAAGAAAAAAAAGUUUUAAGGACAUGACAAAAUGAGGAAUAUAAUUUUUUUUUACAAUGCUAACUUUUCAAGAGGAGAAAAGAGACAUGGGCCCACGGAAAAGACUUGGACAUGAGUUAAUCAAAGACCAUUGGGUAAGAGCAUCCUGUCUCUGAUGUACAGUAAACUGACGUAGAGUAGAAGGAGGGAAGCUUUUUUCUGAAAAUCUAUAUAAGCCAGUAAAAACACACAU